AUGAGUUUAGUGAAAUCAUUUGAAUUGGCUCUAAAAUAAAACGAUAUCUUAUCUAAGGUGUUACCAAUAUUAAAGUUCAUCAAUCACACCAUCCCAUUUCCACAAAAGCAUAGUUCUAUCAAUGAACCCAGAAUUAUUCGGUUUUUACUGUAAUUACACUGCCAAAUACCAGACACUAUAGAUAUGAUUUUAAUCUCGUUGCUAAACAUAUUCAAGCAUUCAAAGGAAUGGAUUAAUGGUUGUUUUAAGGCAAUUGAAGAGUAUGCUUAACUUCCAAAUCAAGGAAAUGGAAAAUAUGUCGCACUAGAAUUUUUAGAAACUGUUUUAACUGAAAUCUCAGAAUUGGAGUAAUAUAAUAAGUAAUAAAUACUAGUUUUGAUAUUGACGAUAAAUGUUAUGCGUUCAUUAUAUUUCUUUAACAUGCGGAAAAUGAGAAAUUGGUCAGGGCAAUUAUGAAAAAAGUAGGAUAAAUCUAGCAAUAAUUAGGAAAUAGAAUGAAAUCUGCAAAUCAACUCAAUCAACUUAUUGAAGAAAGUAUUUAAAAAUAUUUGAUUAAAGAAUAGCUGUAUUAAAAUUAUACCAAGAAGAGGUUUAAAAGAAUUCAGAUGAAUUUCAUUAUUAGAAUGUUGCCAUUGAAUUAUAGGAAAAGGGUAGCUAAGCAAGGAAGGGGUCAAAACCAAAAAUGUCAUUGAUGGCAAUGAACAUACUGUAAUCUUAAUCUUUGUCUUCAAAAAUGCCCUCAAAAUAACAACUCAAUAAUGAUCAUUUAAAUAAUAGCAAUUCAGAUGAUUCUAUUAAGGCAAGUGAAAUGAAUAUCGAUGAAAUUUUAAUUUAGCAUAAACCAAGAAUCGAUUCAGAAUAAAGCGAAUAUCUAGCAGACAUAGAUGCAUUAUAAAAUUUAUUUGCUUAUAUUACCAAUCCCGUGGCAACAGAACCAGGAUUGAUCUUCGCUACAGAUGCCUUAGCAAAUGAUAUUCAAUAACCUUGUGAUGAUAAUCAAUACAAAUAACAUGUGAUUAAACCUGAUAAAUUAACCACACUAAGAUCCUACAAGGCUAUGUUAUUUCUUACCGAUUACCAUAAUCAUUAGAUGAUCAUGUAAAUUAACUAACAUACUAUGCAAAUUGCUUGUAAAUUAUAGAUAUUAAUAAUAAGUUCGAAGCAUAUCUGGAUUCUUUCAAAACUUAUAAUCAAGUGGAAAUUUGACCCAUAUUAUUGCUUUACUCUAAUUUUACUUAAAGUAUGAAUUGAAAGAAACAGUUUACAAUUUUCUGUAUUUUUAAUUUCAUCAACAAUUUUUAGAUUAUCUUUGUAUUCUAAUAUAAUUUAUUUUAGACAAUCCCCUUUAUUUAGAUUUUCUCAUGCGAUUUAUGGAUCCAAAUUAUUCAAAAAUUCCUUAAGACUUAAGGAAUUAUAUUUGGUAAUUCCUAAAUCGCUAAGGAUAUAUUUCGCUUCUAGUAAGUAAGAUUACAAACAAGGAAAGAGAGGGAGUAUUUCUUAAGAGGAAAGAUAUAACUAAGGAAGGAUAUUAAUUUUUAAAACAUAUUAACGAUUACAAAUUACAAUUACUAUAAGAUGAUGAUUAAGCUGCUAUAACUUAUUCUAUUAGCAGCAACAUAGAUCAAUAUUUAGGUCCUUUGAUUCCAGGAAAAACUUUGAUUUAAAAUAAGCAACUGUUAGAGAGAAAAAUGCUGUUGAGUUCACAUCUCAGAAGAGGCUCAGACUUAUCAAGUUUAGCAAGAUAAAUCAAUAAAGUUAUUAUUUAAGAGUAUAUUGAUUUAACUGAAUUAAAUCAAUAAGGAAGAGAUAUCGAUAGAUUAUAGGAUGUGGUUUAAUUUUACAAGGAUAUUAGUACUCCUGCUGAGACUCCUACAUUAUAUAAUGUUUUUAGACAAGCAUCAGAAGGAAUGAAAAAUUUCUAAUUUGAGUAGAGAUCUUAAAGAUCUUAAUUAACAGAACCUCCCCUUAAUAUCACUUAAUUAUAAAACACUUUUAAACUCCCAUCUUUAAACAUUUAACCUACAACCAUCAUCACUGAUUCAAUAACUCUAAAAAAUACUUAGCGUAAACAAAAGUCAAUGACAUUCUCUGAUAACAUUCUUGCAUAAACAAUCAGUAAAAGAUCUGAUCAACCUUAAUAUAUGAGUCUGGUUGGUGUCAAUGGUAAUUAUUGUCAUCUAUAAGAUAGAUAAUAGUUCAACUUUUAGAUAAAUGAAUGUAAUUCAGACACCAACUUCUUUGGCUAAAUCGUUUGUUUAUUAUCCUAACUAAGACAAUAGUGUUGUGGAUACAAUUAUGAAAGAGGAGUAUGCAAAAUACGAAACUCAAAAUGAUGAAACGACAUCCUUUAGAAAUAGUACUCUUUUUAAAAACAUCAUUUAAUCGAUGCAAAAGUUUGAAUAUCAUUAUGCUUUCGAUGAACUGUUAGAUGAUUAAUAUAUUUUGUUCGAAAAAUUAUUGAACCAUUACUCCAUUACGUAAACAGCCUUAUUUUAGAGUUCAUACGAAGAUAACAGUUCAAAUAAUUGUUAGAUUAUUCUUAUUGAUCUUAUUCAAAGAAUCAAUAAAAAACCCAUGAAUGAAAAAUUAACUAAAAUAUACAUCACAUAUUUACCCAGGAUUUGUAGAAACCUAACUAAUAUGCAUAAGAUGUAGAAUGAAAAUAGAAAUAACAUGGAGUUAUUUACUAAUUAGAAUCAAAUUGGGAGUGUGAGAAUAUUCAGCACAAAAAUUAUAGAUUUGAUUUUACGAAACUUUUAAUAAAGGAAUCAUCGAAUUUACUUAAAAGUCAAUGACACUUCCUCAUUCAGCCUUAAUGAAUAAUUCCAUUAAUUACCUAACCCUUUCUAUUAGAAGAUCUUUUACUCUAUUAUGAAAUAACUAUGCUUGUUUGCUUAAGAGAAACAGGUUUAAGCUAUUCUAUUUAAAGCUAAUCUAUUAGAAGGAAUCAGUUAAGGAUUCCAUAAAAAUGUUAUUAACAAAGUAAUGAUUAAACAAGGAAAUGUAGAGGUUUAUCUUAUCCAUUUAGCUUUGCUAAGUUAAUUAAUAAUUUUAGUUUAUGAAUUAAGGGAUGAUUUGCAAGUCUACAAAAGUUCUCUAUUGAGAUUGUAAUGCUUUUAGAAUCUAAAGGAGGUUAUGGAUAUGUUUAAAAAUAAUAAAUUGAUUCAAUCAUAAGCUUUGGAUAUCUAAAAAUAACUAAGAAAAAAAAAAUGA